AUGGAGCUUUAAAGUUUAUAUUCAGCACAUAAAAUCAAAAAUUAAACUGUUAAAGCUUGAACAAACCAGACAAGCGUUUGUGAGCUGCAGUGAGCUCUUAGGUUUGGGCUGUGUGGGUGUGUCCUUUUGUAUUCUUCCCCCCCCCUCCAUGACACCACUGCAUUCAUUAUUUGCUUUUUCCUCCCUACAGCCAAUGACAACAGAAAGUAACUAACUGUACAUCAAAUCUUUGUUUGUGGAGCAUGCAGUAACUCAGGGCUGAUUUCACAAUUUACCUGGAAGUGUAUUUUCAUAUUUUUGUCCAGGCCACAUACUUCUGUUCUGCUAUCAUUUAGAGUAUAGAUAAAACUACAGCACCUCCACUUUGCUAACGCGGUCUGGUCAGCUUUCGUUUGGAAGUUGUAGGCCCUACUGACCAAUGUGAUGGUUUCAACUUUCCUCUGCAGAAUUAUUUCUAUGUUCACUUACUAUACUGAUUCUAAAUUUAAGCAUUGGUUCUGAUCCAGGCUGCACUACAGUUUAGUAGGCCUGAUGUUCAUCUGCUCUAACUAAUUACAAUACAAACUAAAUACAAUACAAUAUUUUGGGAAGCACACAGCUCUCAUUGUAGGGAAAGUUCAUUCCAAACUGUAAUCUGCUACAGAUUAACAGAGAAAUUGUAGUACGUCGAGUACUAGUGCUAGUUUGACUAGAUGACUGCAGAAAACCAUUUUAAUGUGUUUCUUCAUCUAUUUUAUCAUUUACAGCCAGGUGUGUACUGUAUUGUGUAAAAUUAAAACUGCUCUAUACAUUUAUGUUGUCUGUCAUCAUAUAAAUUUAUAGUUCUCCACAAUAAUGUGGUAAAGAUUUUUUUAUUUGAAGACUUCCCAUCUUAUGCUUUUUCUACCUUUUCUACAGUAUUUGGAGCCAUGUGUUCUCCACCACCAUUAUCAAAAUACCAAAUGAGAGAAUAUCUUUUGGAAGAAUAGGAACAUGGAAGCAAUGUAUUUAACUGUAGUUUGUCAAAGUAUUGCUGUUAAAAAUAAUAACAGUCAUGUAUUUGUGUUGUCAGAGAAUGGUGUUGUCGUAUUUUCUUUACCUUUCCUCUAGGGGGCUCGUUGUACUCUCGCGAGCCUAGCAACCGAUCUGUUACAGUAACCUAGGCAACCGGUGAAGUUUUAAUCUAACGUUACUCUACCACGGUUUGCCCGUAACACGAGUAAUAUUUUAAAUGCUAGCUAACUACAAGUUUUGAACGUUUUGUAGCUACCGUCUUAUCCCAAACUGACUGAUAAAAUUCGGAAAAGGAAAUAACAGAAGAGAGGAAUGAUGGACCCUGCGGAUGGAAACCCAGACAGAAGCCAGCAGAGACUUCAGACAGCAGCCUCGUUCAAGGCUUUCAUGUUGAAAAACAACACGCAGGGCAACAUUAACCUCUAUGACCACCUCACCCGGCUGCUGAUAAAGGUGAUGGAUGAGCACCCACAGAAUGCGGUGGAUGUGAUUGAGGACAUGAGCUGUGAUGUGAAGCGGGGUUUAUUUGAAGACAAGCAGAGCACCCUGCAAGACCUUCCACACACCACAGCUGCUGAGCUCCUGGCUGAGCAGCAGCGCCUGCUGUUCACCCGGCCAGAGGAGGCUGAGCAGGAGGAAGAAUUGGUGGAAACACCUCUUCCCAAUGUGAGUGAGAUUGGCUUCUAUCUGGAGCAGGCUGGAGUGGGUCUGGGCAGAGAGGAGAUGCAGAGGGUUUUCCUUGCACUUAAGCAGCUUGUUGAGUCUCAGGCGCUACCACGCUGCCGGCUGUGGGGCAAGAUUCUGGGAACAGAGAGCAGCUAUAUCGUUGCUGAAGCUGAGUACAGAGAGGGGGAGGAAGAGGAAGAGCAGAGCGCUGAGGAAGAUGCUGAGGAAGAGGAGAGAGAGGCUGAAACUGAGAAUGAGAUGGAUUCACUUCCUCAGUCGACCUAUAAGCCCCUACCAGAGGUGCCAAAGGAAGCCAUAGGAACAGGUGCUAACAAGUUUCUUUACUAUGUAUGCAAAGAGCCUGGUCUUCCCUGGGUAAAGCUCCCUUCAGUCAGUCCUGCACAGAUUACUGCUGCUCGCAGGAUUCGGAAGUUCUUCACUGGGAGGCUGGACAGCCCAGUUGUGAGCUACCCUCCUUUCCCUGGGAAUGAAGCUAACUAUCUGAGAGCGAAGAUCGCUCGGAUCUCUGCUGGGACACAGGUCAGCCCCCAGGGCUAUUUCCAGGCUGGGGAGGAGGAAGAAGGUGAUGAGGAAGACGAGGCCUCUCGGGACAGCUACGAAGUAAAUCCUGACUUUGAGGGUGUUCCAGUUGCUGAGAUGGCUGAGUCCUUGUCCACCUGGGUGCAUCAUGUUCAGCACAUUCUGCAGCAGGGCCGUUGUACUUGGGUGAACCUGUCUGUGAAACCAGGAGAUGACUCUAAUGAGGAAGGAGAGGCUGAGGAGAAGGAAGAGGAGCCUGAUGAGCCUGAACCAGAAGUUGGUCCCCCUCUGCUCACCCCCCUGUCCCAAGAUGCAGGUCAGUCUUUGGCUUUGGGCAUGUUCCCGUCAAACCAGUAACCAGUACCAGGCUAC